UCUUAUAGGAUCGCACAGGGAGUUUCUUUAAUUAUCUUGCGACAUGGGGAAGUACACAAAGCGCGUGGAUGCACUAGUGUUUUUCUCGUUACUUUUCCUCGGAUAUUUUGCUGCUCAUGUGCAGGGGAAUGGUCAUGGCACAGAUGAAGUCGGCGCUCCUUCCACAUCUGAAGAAGUAAUUACGCGAAGAUCAGGAGCACAAUGUGCUCAAAAUAAUCGUAAUCUUCCAUGCCAAGAUAAAAAGUGCUUCUGCUGUAUUGGGGGCCGAACUCAUGAUUGUUAUUAUACACUGCAUGACUGUAAAGCUCCUGCUUCUAAACACAAAUCAAGAUCUCUAUUAUUAGUAUAUCAUGUAAUGGCAGGCAAUGUUAUUGAAUAAUAUAUUAGGGAAUAUCAA